AUACAAUUUCAAUAGAAUUGGAGGAUGAAAAAUGGUGUAAAAAUUCAACCUUUUUUGAAGGAAUUUUAUUAAUUUUAUGUUUCAAUUAAUCUGUUCCUGAUUUCUGCUUGGAAUUGUAAUUCCAAAGAGAUGGGUAUGGUGAAGUUCCAAGAACAUGGGGACUCAGACAAAGAGGAACAUGUUUCAUUGUCUCAUCACAACAUUCCUAAAACCAAUAAUGAUUUUAAUAAAACUCGAAGAUAUGUUUUGAUAUGCGCAAUCUUUGCCUCCCUUAAUUCUGUGCUUUUAGGAUAUGAUGUUGGAGCUAUGAGUGGAGCAAUAAUCUUCAUUCAAGAAGAUCUCAAAAUAACAGAAGUUCAAGAAGAAGUUUUAGUGGGAAUUUUGAGCAUAAUUUCAUUAUUAGGAAGUUUAGCUGGUGGAAAAACAUCAGAUGCCGUUGGAAGAAAAUGGACCAUUGCUUUUGCUGCUAUUGUCUUCCAAGCAGGGGCUGCCAUUAUGGCUCUUGCCCCUUCUUUCGGUUUUCUGAUUGUAGGUCGGCUCUUGGCUGGUAUCGGUGUCGGUUUUGGAGUCAUGAUUGCGCCUGUAUACAUAGCUGAGAUAUCGCCCACAGCUGCUAGGGGAUCUCUCACUUCUUUCCCUGAGAUCUUUAUAAACUUUGGGAUCCUUCUUGGUUACAUUUCAAACUAUGCCUUUUCAGGACUUCCUGUUCAUAUAAGUUGGAGGGUUAUGCUUGGUGUGGGAAUAAUCCCUUCAGUUUUACUUGGUUUUGCACUUUCUAUGAUUCCUGAGUCGCCUCGGUGGCUAGUGAUGCAGAACAGGAUCGACGAGGCAAGAAUCGUGUUGUCGAAAACUAAUGAGCCCGGUGUCGAUAUAGAGGAGAGAUUGAUGGAUAUUAAGGAAGCUGCAGGGAUUGCUAAUAAUGUGAAUAAGUAUGAAUCUAAGGCUAUUUGGCACGAUAUAUUGCGGCCAACGCCUUCGGUUAAGCGAAUGCUAAUAGCUGGUUGUGGGAUUCAAUGCUUUCAACAGAUUACAGGCAUUGAUGCAACUGUUUAUUAUAGUCCUACUAUCUUUAAAGAAGCUGGGAUUGAAAGUAACUCAAAACUUCUUGCAGCAACUGUUUGUGUUGGAUUCACAAAAACUUUGUUCAUUUUAGUAGCUAUUUUUCUUAUUGACAAAGUGGGAAGGAAGCCACUGCUUUAUUUGAGCACAAUUGGGAUGACAGCCUGCUUGUUUUGUCUAAGUAUCACUUUAGCUUUUUUGGCUCAUGGAAAACUUGGGAUUGUUUUGUCAAUCUUAGCAGUAUGUGCAAAUGUAGCUUUCUUUUCAGUUGGGAUUGGUCCAGUUUGUUGGGUGUUAUCAUCUGAAAUCUUCCCAUUGAGGCUCCGAGCACAAGCAUCGGCAAUCGGGGCGGUUGGAAGCCGAGUCAGCAGCGGUUUGAUCACGAUGUCGUUCCUCUCGGUCUCCCACGCAAUCACAGUAGCAGGGACAUUCUUUCUGUUCUCAUUGAUUUCUAUGAUGUCUGUUUUUUUUAUUCACAAGUUUGUCCCUGAGACAAAAGGGAAGUCCUUGGAACAAAUUGAAAUGGACUUCCAAGGCGAUGAACAAGGAAUCAGAAUACUAGAAAUGACUGAUACUGAUCGAUUAGUCCACAAAUAAACUCCUUUUUCUUUUCAAACAACUCAUUCUUAGUUUGUAAAUUUACUCCAAAUAUAGGGAAGUU